AUGAUUGACUGGUUGAAACAGAAGCAUAUUUAUGCUGCAGUGAAGGGUGCAGCCACUCAAAGUGCAAUGUACAAGCCUUUGCCACAGAAAGCCCUUGGAAGUGUCAUUGGAAUUCUUGGCGGAGUGAUUGCAGCCAUUCUUAUCAUAGCUGUAGCAGUGACGGUAUUCAUAAUAUACAGAUAUCAGCAGAAACACCGAACAGAAACAGACAAUGACCUGAUAGACCUCCCUCCUUCUCAUAAACCAGUCCCUCCGUCAAAAAAGAAACAGCAAGAAAUGAAAAGUCACCUUACAGCAGAUGACAUCCAGGUUGUACAUCUGGACAAGGUAAAACAAGAAGAAGAAAUCCAGAAACUCCCUCUUCAGACUCCAUACUAUGACAUGGUUCCCACUGAAACAUCAACAUAUUUAGACAAAUCGGUAAUUGGGCGGAAUCUCUCAGAGUUUUCAGAUCUGGAUGACUAUGCGAGCCACCAGCAUACUUACAAAGAAGAUUAUUUGGAGCAACUCCAUUCUUCCUAUAAUCUCUCAUCUUACUGUCCCCAAGAUCCAGACUCUCGUCUUACAAAUACCCUUCACCCUCAUUAUCCAUCCCCAGUUUCACAGGCACCUUAUGUCUAUCCUAAAGAACAGUAUGUUUAAAAAUCAAAUAAGAUGAACGUCAGAAAUUACUGGUUAUUUUUUAUGUCCUCAAGCUGAGUUUGCAAAACUGGUUUGUUGAAAAUAUUGAGACAAACCCUUAUUAAUGAAUUCAGACAAGAUGUUUUCACAUUUGUUGCACUGCUUGCCACUGUUAUGUGACUGGUGACCUUCCUGUAGUGGAAUAAUGGUAAAGCACCUUUACUGUGAAGAAUUUUGUUACACUUUCUCUCACAGACACAAGUAUAUAUGUAUAUGCAGUUUUCCUUGAAGUUUAUUUACCUUUUUGGAUUGUGUUGCUAAGUAUAACUGAAGAACAGUAAUGCCUUUCAAAAGAAUUUUAACAAAUACCACAGUUUAAAUGCAACAUUAAAAAUACCAGUUUAGCAGUUUCACACUGCAAGGUAUUGUUAUACACAGAGUUAUAAAACAUCUGUCAUUUUCAGCAAUCUGAGAUGACACCUGAACAGGUGAAGGUGGCACAGUGCAUUACAGGUAUAGCAAAGAACUGAGUGCUAAUAGGACAACUAAGUGAUCAGUUGUGUUUUUAUAGUGCAGUAUAUGAGUAAUCCUGGCACACAACCUGCAGAAUGACAAAAUUCUAGUCCAUUUGUAUUAAGCUUCAUGACAGAAUCUUUCAUUUUUAUCUAACUAACAGAUUUAGUAUUCUGCAGAGAAUAUAUUGGUUCCAAAUGAAACAAGGAAGUCUUGUGAAUUACAAACUGAGUGGGUCAGUUUUAAGCACAUUUAGUAUGGAAGUUGUCAGUUAGGGACAUGACUAGCCUGACUUACAGCUGGUUUGAGGUCUGGAAAUUUCCUGCAUUAUCAAUGUUCGUUUAGAAGCUCACCCGUUAUUGUUCUCUGCUAGAUCAGUGCCACAUUGUUUGUUCAUGGGGUUUAGCAUGACAGGCAAGAAUUGUAAUUGUAUUAAUGAUGCCAUGUUAUGUGUUGCAAUUUUAUUUAUCCUGACCUUGUUCAAACUCAUAUAUAUGAGUUAUAUUAAUAUGUACCUACAGCACUUAGGGUCUCUUUUAGAUAAUCCCAUAUCUACUUUUUUAAUAGACAAGUUUAUCAUCCACUCCUGCCUGAGGAUUGGGCAACAGACUGUUCAGAGGAUUCAGAAACCAGUGAUACCCUACAUGAGCAAAGGGCAGGGCUUUGCUCAUAUACACAUGUGAUGGAUGCUCUCUGUAUGCAUCAAAUCAAACACUUUUGUGCCAUUGUCCUGAGGAAAUAAGCCGCAGUGCCACAGAUGGUUGUAGUAUGCAAAGGGUCCUAAAUGUCACAUGGCUUAAGUCAGCUUUAAAGAGUCAUACUCCUUUCCAGGUAUGCUGACAAACAGAUAUAGCUCCUUACAGUAUCCAGUAUUUAUACAGAGCUGUACACGCGUGAGAGUAGAAGAUGGGAGAUCUAAACUGUUUGACUGGUUGCUCUUCUUUCAACUCUGUCAGCUAUCCCCUUUUCCAUUAGUCAAAGCCUUAUUACUUGUUUCUCUUGUUUGCUCUUUUAUAACCAUUUCAGCAAUCCGUUCAACUUGUUUUACCACUGUCCUUUCUGUAAAAUAGUAUUUCUUCUUUUCCAAGCUAAAAUUUGCCCCUUCUGUUUAUAAAUCAUGUCCUCUAUUGCAUCUACUAAUAUUCUACUUUAGUCUUUGCCUUUAUUGUUCACUGAAUUGUCUUGUGACUGCAUACCAGGCUCUCCUUCAUUUCUUUCUUCAAAGGAAUAAAGCAUUAGUUCUCCUACCCUCUCUUCAUGUCAGUAUUUUCACUGCUUUUAUCAUUAUACUGUCAUUUGUAGUCUUUUCAUCAGUUUUAACACUUACUGUAACCCUUUAGAACUUGACUGUACCACUUGUUGCUAUACCAUAGAGCUGGAAAGUAGGUGGACUACUCCAUUAUCCUUGUAGACUGUGCCCUUAAAAUUGCAUUGUAGCACUUGUUAGCCUUUAUCACUGCUCUGUCACUGUAUUUCUGAUGGUUUAUCCUACCUAUGGCUAUUUUAUUUAAGUAUUUUUCCACUAAAGUUAGCUUGAUCAUGCCAACAUGUAAUGCAUUUUUUAUUACUGUCUAGUGGUGGUGCUGCGGUAACAUUGUCAACUCACAGUAAGACGUUGUCCUGUUCGAUUUUCAGCGAAAGCUUCUUUCU